GCCAGUAUUAUGUAGCUUUCCUGUAGCUCAGUGGUAAAAGCAUUGCGUUAACAAUGCUACGCUGUGGGUUCGAUCCCAGGGGAUUGCAAAUACUUAUAUAAAAAUGUAUAGGAUAAAGCAAUGUAAGUAGCUUUGGAUAAAAGUGUCUGCCAAAUGCCUAAAUGUAAAUGUUAAAAGACUAUCCUUGAAAGACGGGGCAAUAUCACCUUUGUUUGGACCUGUUAGCUCCACCGAAUCACAACCUGAACACUUGCCACCGCACAGGUACUUCAUCCCGCUGAUCUAACGGCUUGUUACAUUGUAUAUUUGGCGUUGUUUAAGAAUGGAGGAAAGUUACACGUUCAGUCAGCAUUAUGAAGAAAAAAUUCGCCCUUGCAUCGAUAUUGUGGACAACUUACGAUCAUUGGGAGUCGAGAAGGACCUGGCGCUGCCUGCCAUCGCCGUCAUAGGAGACCAAAGCUCGGGGAAAAGCUCUGUUCUGGAGGCAUUAUCAGGGGUAGCUUUACCCAGAGGCAGUGGCAUUGUCACAAGAUGCCCUCUUGAGCUCAAGAUGAUAAGAACUAAGGAGAAAGGAUGGCAUGGAAAAAUCAGUUAUCAAACCAGUAAUCAAGAUUAUUGUGAAGAUAUUGAUGACCCAGAGGAUGUGGAGAAAAAGAUCCGUGAAGCCCAGGAUAAGAUAGCUGGACCAGGGGUUAGUAUUAGUGAGGAUCUCAUCAGUCUUCAGAUCACCUCUCCAAAUGUUCCUGACCUCACACUCAUUGACCUGCCCGGGAUUGCACGAGUGGCAGUCAAGGGCCAACCUGAAAAUAUUGGAGAGCAGAUCAAAAGACUGAUCAAGAAGUUUGUUACAAAGCAAGAAACAAUCAACCUUGUUGUGGUGCCGUGUAACGUUGACAUCGCUACAACAGAAGCGUUACAGAUAGCACAGAACGAGGACCCUGAAGGCGAGAGGACUUUAGGCAUCCUAACAAAGCCAGACCUGGUGGAUAAAGGCACUGAGCAGACAGUGGUGGACAUUGUGCACAAUGAGGUCAUUCAUCUUACUAAAGGCUACAUGAUCGUCAGGUGCAGGGGACAGAAAGAGAUUAUGGAUCAUGUCACUCUCAAUGAGGCCACAGAGACAGAGAAGUUCUUCUUUAAAGACCAUCCUCAGUUCAACACACUGUAUAAUGAAGGCUUUGCAACUAUUCCCAAGUUGGCAGAGAAACUAACAAUCGAGUUAGUUCAUCAUAUAGAGAAAUCCAUGCCACAGUUAGAAGAACAAAUUGAGGCAAAGCUAGCUGAGACACUUAAGGAACUGGAGGCAUACGGUACCGGACCACCAUCAGACCCUUCAGUACGACUAAGCUUUCUCAUUGAUAAAGUUACAGCUUUCACUCAGGAUAUGUUUAACCUGACCACUGGUGAAGAGGUUAUAUGUAAUUCAGACCUCAUGAUUUUCCAAGAGCUUCGGGAUGAAUUUGCACAAUGGAAUGUCUUUUUGGACUCUUCAGGAGAUAACUUCAACAAGAAGAUUGAAAAAGAAGUUGAUAACUUUGAAGCCAAGUAUCGAGGAAGAGAGCUUCCAGGUUUCAUCAAUUACAAGACCUUUGAGAAGCUGGUCAGAGAACAGAUCAAGACAUUAGAGGAACCUGCAUUAAGAACACUUAAGGCCGUCUCAGAUAUGGGUAGAAAGAGAUUUAUCCAACUGGCCCAAAAAAGCUUCAUUGGAUUCCCCAAUCUUCUUAAAAUAGCAAAGACUAACAUUGAAGCCAUCAAGCAGGAGAAAGAAUCGCUGGCCGAGUCCAUGUUGAGAACUCAGUUCAAGAUGGAGCUCAUUGUUUACAGUCAAGAUGUCACAUACAGUCAAAGCCUCCAACAGACAAAAGUGAUGCACGAAGAGCAAACUGCAGAACUUCAAUCUCCACUUUCAGAACUUCAAUUUCCACUUUCAGUUACAACUCCUCAACCUUCAACUUCAUUUACUUUUAGAUCUGGUUUCGGAACAGACAAUCAUGCCAGCUUACAUGAGAUGAAGCUCCACAUGAAGUCCUACUACUCUAUCGCAAGCAAGCGUCUAGCCGACCAGAUCCCAAUGGUGAUCCGUUUCCAGCUUCUCCAAGAGGCUGCGGCGGAGCUGCAGAGAAACAUGUUGCAGUUGCUGCAGGAGAAGGAUGCUGUGGAUGACCUGCUUAAAGAAGACCACGACAUCGGUCAGAAGCGGGAAACCCUAAUUAGUCGCCAGAAACGUCUACUAAAAGCACGCAACCUCAUCAGUGUCUUUUAGAAUUUGGUUCAUAUAUUUGAGGGCAAUAUGUUCAAUAUAACACUAUAGCAUAAUUGUGGUGGAGGAACCUCCUGACAGGCAGCAAAUUGUAAUAUGUUUGAUUAAUUGAAACAUGACUAUAAUGUUGUAGUGCUGUUUUGAAAGCAAGGCCAGUUUAUUUACAUAGCACAUUUCAUACACAAAUGUUAUUUAAUCUGCUUUACAUAUAAAUAAUUUACAAAGAGAGAGAGCAAAAAAGGGUACAUAGGUGAUCUUUAAAAAAUAAAUGAUUUAACAUUAAAAGAUAUUUAAGAAUUAAACAUGUAAUAAAUAUUAAUACUUGAUUGGCUAUUUUAGGGCUCUGGUGGUUAGUUUGUAUAUUUGAUUGUCUUUGAAAACGUAAUGUAAAGAAAGCUUGACAGACCUAAACUUGUACUCUAAAAAUGCUGGGUUGUUUUCAAACCAUGGUUGGGUAAAAAUGAAAUAAAUUUAUAAAAACCCUGGAAAUGCAGCU